AUUUCAAAAGGAGGACUCAAAAAACCGAAUAUUGCUUUUUUUAAUAAUUUAAAGGAUCUUGAAAAUGUGUUCAGAAAUGUAAAUGGUGAUUCGAUUAUUAACGUUAAUAAUUUUACUAAAUAUUUGUUAGAUAGGAGUUCUCAAAAUGUUUUACCGGAAAAUGUAAAGUCGUUUUUCUUUAAAAUAAGAAUGCAUUUUCGAAUAAAAUAUCUAAAUAGAAAUUUAAAUAACAAAAAUGUAAAAGAAAAGUUAUCUGUAAACAAAAAAAUGAUUAAAACACUUAUUUAAUAAAUUUAAACUGUUUAAAUCACUACGUUUAUCUAUCUAAAACAAUGUUUUACUUGUUUUUUAUUUGAAUUAUAUAUAUAGUUAUUAAAAAGCACAUCCAUGUUCUAUUGUAACUUAGGUAAAUAAAGACCCUACUGUUUUUCAAAUGUAAACAAUUUUUAAAUUUUCUUUAUUUUUAUUCAUAUAUUUUUUUCUCAUUUUCUCAUAUUUGACAUAACAAGGCAUAUAAUUUUAAGCUCUCCCUACUGAUUCUACCUGGUUAUUGUUGUAUCAUGAUUUAAACUAUAUUCAUUUAUUUAAAUUUUAACAUUUAACAAAAAACUAUCAUAAAAAUUUAUCAAAAUUAUUUAAUCGAAAAAAAUUUUAAUCUGUUCUGCCCUAAAAUCCCUGGUAUUCCAAAAAUGAUAGAUAAUUUCCUUGGACAAAAAUACAUUCUAAAGAAAAGUGAAAAUUUCGAUGCCUACAUGAAAGAAUUGGGUGUUGGUUUGACCCUACGCAAGAUGGGCAACACUUUAAUAUCCCAAUGUCAAUUGUUGCGUAAUGACGAUAAUAUCUACACAUUUACCCUGGAAACUCCUUAUCAUUGCUGCAGCAUUAAUUUCGAAUUGAAUAAAGAAUUUACCGAGUUAACUUUGGAUAAUCGUGAGGUCAGAACAAUUUGUCACUUAGAAGAUAAUGUUUUCGUACAAAAACAACAAGCAGAGGGCUUGAAAUCGACUAAAAUUAUACGAGAAUAUAAAGACAAUGAACUUAGAACCACUCUGACUGUGGGUGAUGUGAAGGCAGUUCGAAUUUAUGGUAUUUUAGAGGAAUCGGAAGAGUCUGAGGAGGAUGAGAAUACUGAUAGUGAAUAGUGGUUUGCCGAAAAUUAAAUUGAAAUAAAAUAUUUCGGAAUAAACUUCAAGUUAAGGCAGUAUAUUCAAAAAAAGUUUCAGUAAGUAUUGCAAUUUGCUACUAA